AUGACGACACACCGGGACCGGAAGCCGGAAGCUUUGCAGCAGGGUGUUCCGCGUUCGCGGUGCGGGAUCCCUCAGUCGUGGUGGUGGCGGGGCCGGGAGCGGCCGGAGCGGGGCGGCUCCGCGUUGAGCUGCCGGGAGGGCGAUGACCGAGUACAAACUGGUGGUGGUGGGAGCCGGCGGCGUCGGGAAGAGCGCGCUGACCAUCCAGCUCAUCCAGAACCACUUCGUGGACGAGUACGACCCCACCAUUGAGGAUUCGUACAGGAAGCAGGUUGUCAUCGAUGGGGAGACGUGUUUGCUGGACAUCCUGGACACUGCGGGGCAGGAGGAGUACAGCGCUAUGAGGGAUCAGUACAUGAGGACGGGGGAGGGAUUCCUGUGUGUGUUCGCCAUUAACAACAGCAAAUCGUUCGCUGAUAUCAACCUGUACAGAGAGCAAAUCAAGAGAGUGAAGGACUCGGACGAUGUGCCCAUGGUGCUGGUUGGGAAUAAGUGUGAUCUGCCCACGAGGACGGUAGACACAAAACAAGCCCAAGAGUUGGCAAAGAGCUACGGCAUCCCCUUCAUAGAGACAUCAGCUAAAACGAGACAGGGUGUGGAGGAUGCGUUUUACACACUGGUGAGGGAGAUCCGGCAGUACCGGAUGAAAAAGCUCAACAGCAACGAAGAUGGGAAUCAAGGCUGUAUGGGGUUGUCCUGCAUUGUGAUGUGAUAAGAUGCCAGGUUCAGAUGUAGCUGCUGGACAAGUCUCGAUGCUACUGUAUUGUGUCUCAUGCUGAUGCCCUGCAGUAUUUUGGUGCCAGCGACCAGACUCUUGGUACCAGUUAAUUAGCACAGGAUCCUUUUCUGUGCUCCAUCUGAAGGCAACAUCUCUGGUAUCUACCUCCUUGCUCAGCUCACAGAGCGCUCAUAUCUCUUGGUGUACUGGGAUUCUUUUCUAGCUGUGUCGUCUGGGUUUGUUCAAGAAGAAAACCAGUCACAAGAACAGUGAAUUACAGAGACUAAAUGCUGUGAAAAAGAUCAUUUUACCUCCAGAGUAAAAGCUCCAAGUGGCGUUUGACCCCUUUGCAUUGGAUUCAGAUUUGCGGUGUGGUCAGAGGAGCAGCAGAAGUCAUUUUGCCAUUAUAAAGGUUUGUCACCAAUCGGAUCUGCUGUCUGCACAUCCACACGGUGUAUCUGCAGCAUCUCAUUGUGCCAGGAGGAUCAUUGAACCGAGCAACCGAUCCUUGGUUUUUCUGUAAUAAAAGGAGAAAUCUUCGCUAUCUUAAGUGCCUGUUUGCUCCAAAGGUUGAAGGCUGGACGCUGCUCCCUUGGGCUGAGGAGAACCCCAAGGAUGAAUCUCCUGGGUGCUCGUUGUCUCCGCAGGCAGGUUGUGUGUGGGUGAUCUUUACUCAUGGCAGGACACUCAGAUGGAAUUUGCAGCCUGGCAGAUGGAUCAAAUGUUUGUGAGACUCUUGAAUUAGGGAGGCCACACCUGUUCUUAGUCCAUCAGAAUGGAUCCCUGCACCUCUUUGUGUGUGGAUCUGGGUAUGUUCUGAACUGCUUUUCUACAGCAUUUGGAUCUCUUUCCGGUUGGACCAAAUUAACGAGCCGUUCAUUUUAACGUAACUGCCGAUAUUUACAGACCAUUUCUUAUGGACAGAUACUGAAUUGAGAAACUGGAGGUUCCUUUGGGCAGCUGCUCCUCAGCUCUGUCUGUAACUUGCAAAUUACUCUGAGUUAUUUUCUCCAGAGCCUCCUUCCUUAUCACGGGAGGGGUCUGGGAGUUGAGCUUGACUGUAAUUGGGUCAAUGGUUGUGACAGAUUUAAGGUGUCCAGGCGGAGUGGAGGAGGCGCUGAGCCCUGACAGAGCACUGAGCUGAUUUCUGAUUGCAGCAUCCCUGCAAAAUGAGGAAGGGAGUUCAGUGGUGUCUGCACUGAAGAUGCGCAACGCUCUGAUGGCAGUUCUGGGUUUGCUGUAACAGCCUCCAGGUAGGACCCAAGUGCUGUGUGAGCUGGGUGAUUUCCUCCCACAUCGCAGCACUGUCACCCCAUGGGGUUGGGUGACACCAGCAGCCACCAGCUCCCUGAGCACCGCGGCCUUCUCAGUUCUUGUGCCUGCAGUGCUGGGUUCUGUUCUGUGCUGUUGGGUUCCUGGGUGAGAGAACAAGGAGCCAUCAGCCAGCAGAGGCAGCGUUCAUCCCGCUGGGGCAAUAGGAGCUGUAGGCGUUACGAGAGGCGUCAUCUCAGUGUGUUGCAGUCAGUUUCCUGUAUUUUCAAAACUGAAAUUGGAAGUAAGUGAAUACUGGGAAAAUAAAGUGUUGCUUUUCAUGCUCUUUCCUCCAC